UGUUUGAGGAAUUUCAAUAAUUGUACACUAAAUUAUAUGGCUGCCCAUAUUCAUACAUAGUGGGGUGACCUAACUUGAUCACCUCACACAUGAGAUCUACACACCCCCAAUGCAAUGUUGUCUAGCUUGCUAGGGCAAACAGCUGAACAAUGGUCCUACUAGCUGACCUAGUGUAUCUCCUCAUCUCCCUGUGCUGUGCAAUACCAAGUGCUGCAUUAGCAGUGUAUUUUGCAUUUUUUAUGUGGAAUGGACUGGAUCUUCCCAUAGGCAUUGACGGCCAUGCUGACUGGCACACCCCCCCUUUGCUGACCAGCUCCACCCUCGUACACAACGCUCUGUUGCUGCUCAUCUUCCCAGUACAACACACCUUCACUCUGCGAGGUCCCCUCGACACUCUCCUGCGACUGAUGGUUCCUGAACACUACAGACGUCCAGUCUACUCUCUCAGUGCUGGCCUGGCACUGGGGCUCACCAUGUACCUAUGGCAGCCGAUGCCUCAACCUGUCUGGACCAUCUCAAACACUACUGCUGCUAACAUCCUCUCAGCAAUGUCGAUGCUUGGAUUUAUCGGAAUACCCGUAGCAAUCAGUAAUAUGGACCCUCUUGGCCUGGACAUUAUGGGCAUGAAGAAACCUCUUAUAAAGCUACUCGGUUGGGAGUCAGGGGAGAGUCCUCCGGGGGAGGCGGGGCUGGUAGAGACGGGUCUGUAUAGACUCGUGAGGCAUCCUGCAUACACUAUGCUGAUGGUGGGAAUAUGGAUCACUCCAACCAUGAGUGUGGGCCACCUCCUCUUGUCCUCUGUCUACACACUGUACACGAUACUAGCUGUGAAGUACUCGGAGGAGCCAGCACUCGUCAGGGAGAUGGGCAAGGCCUACACUGACUACAUGGACAGGACUCCUCCUUUUAUACCAGCUCUCACUAAACACAACAAGUCAAAGAGAACAUGAUAGAACUGUCUUUUAAAUUUCAUUCCAGUCCUAUAGGGAGAAAUCUAUAGUUAUCAUGUCAUGGGUUGGUUUAAUGGAUUUUUGUCAAACUUUAAACUUAUUUUACCAAA